GCCUUUACCCCCAACUGUCGUCCUUCCGGCAGGCAUGCCGAACAUGGUCAACGUCCACGAUGGCUGCGAGAACGCGGACGGCGAUGCUGCGGAAAAUUCGCCGUGUGCAGAGAGGAGCAGCUGGCACUGACCGUCGCCUUUUGUAGAUGAGUUCCCGCCGUUUACAACCCUCGAAUCCACCCUGUUUCUGCUCCUCACCUUGAAUGUCCAUGUCGUCUCCCAUCUGAACCCAUGCCGAGUAUUGUGCCUCCCAGCGGCGUCUGGUGCCCUGCUGUUACCUUUUUCAAUCCAGAUACCGACGAGCUCGCACUUGAUGCCCAGGCGCGCUACUUCCACUACCUAUCGACGACGGGCCUCGCUGGGCUCGUGAUCCUGGGCACGAAUGCAGAGACGUUUCUCUUGACGCGUGAAGAGCGCAAAGAGCUCGUCAUAACGGCAAGGCGUGCGGUCGGCCCGCACUUCCCCCUCAUGGUAGGCGUAGGCGGACAUUCUACACGUCAAGUUCUUCAAUACAUCGCCGACGCAGCCGACGCAGCCGCCAACUCUGUGCUUCUGCUCCCGCCCGCCUACUUUGGAGCUGCAACGACACCACAGGUUGUAGAGGCCUUUUACGACGAUGUUGCCAAGAGGAGCCCGUUGCCCAUCGUCAUCUACAACUUUCCUGGCGUGUGCAAUGGCGUAGACCUCCAGUCCGACCUGAUCGCCAACUUAGCCCAGCGACACUCCAACAUUGUCGGUGUCAAGCUGACUUGCGGCUCUGUCGCCAAAAUCACCCGUCUGGCAGCUGUCCUCCCAAAGGAGCGCUUCGCAGUCUUUGGUGACCAGUCUGAUUUCAUCUUAGGCGGCCUAACCUCUGGGUCCAGUGGCUGCAUUGCCGCGUUCACCAACGUCUUCCCUAGAACCAUUGCGCACAUCUACAAGCUGCACCAGCAGGGUCGGAACGAUGAGGCCCUGGCAUUGCACCAAAAGGCUGCAUUAGCUGAGCAGCUUAUCAAGGCCGGCAUUGCUGCGACCAAGUACGCGGCUGCGAUACACAGCGCCAAAUACGCGGGAAUCGACAAUGCUGUGGAGCUGCUGAGACCACGCAAGCCCUACUUUGAGCCUGCACCUGCUAUCAGAGAGAAAGUCAUGUCUACAAUGGCUGAAGUGGCUAGGAUCGAACAGAGCUUAGGUUCGUACCCAAACCUCUCUGCUCGAUUGUAG